AUGACUGGCUCAAUUCUAUUCUCCGGCUGCAUCCUGGCCCUUGUUGCCGUCUCCGGCGCGGAACCCUGGAAUUGCGCUGAUCCCGAACACGGAGUCUGCUACGAAAAUAAGGGUGGUGAUGAUGCGUCAAGGGUUUGCAGAUAUCUAUCCAACAUCCAUCACAACGACUGCCCGUCAUGCUCGGAUCAAUUCCUCGACGACUACCAAACGAACAACUGCGGGCGAGCGGAGGGGUUGUUCCACACCCGGCUAACCUGCGGAGAACGCCAGACGGAUGGUCUUUGCAAGGAGACUUACGACAGGUCAGCCAAGGAUUGCUUCGACUUGGCCCACUUUGGCUUGUGUGCCUACGAAGAGCAGAUUGCCUUCUGUGACAACUCGCGGCCCUACAGAAUCUACUACUUGACCCAAAAGAUGCUUGAGCUGAACGCCUGGGAAGACGUCCAGUGCCGUAGGGAGCGGAUUGAUGUGAUUCGAGAGGCGCUUGGCCUGCAU